GCCUCGUCGCGCCAGGGUCCGGUCCCACGGAUCCCCCCUCCUGGUCUCGCUUGGUCGCGCCCGCUUUGUCAGCGCGCCGCGCUCGCCGGUUACCCUCCAGCUCUCGCCGGCCCGCGGCAGACAGCGCCGCCGCUGCCCCGGCUGCCUGGGCUGCUGUUGCUCGCGCGUCUCCCUCUCGGACUCCCCUGCCCAAGACUGCCCCUCGGCCUGGCCCGGGCGACGAGGACCCUGAGAGCGUCCGCUCGGGCGGCCCCCGAGAGUCUGCUCGGUUCGCCGGCUUCGACCUCGGCCAGGCUCCGCUCCUCCGGCGCGUGAGCGGCCUCGGUGGUUGCGGCGCCGGCGCCCGGCAUGUAUCAGAGCCCGCGGCGGCUCUGCUCCGCCCUGCUGCAGAGAGACGCGUCCGGCCUGCGCCGCUUGCCCAGCCCCGGGCUGCGCCGCCAGUCGCCUCCGCCGGCGGCCGCCCCCCGGCCUGCGUCCCCCCGGCUCCUGGCGGCGGCCUCGGCGGCCUCGGCGGCCUCGCGCGCCGCGCGGUCGUGCUCCCGAACAGUGUGUUCCAUGGGAAACGGUACGAGCAGACUCUAUAGUGCUCUCGCCAAGGCACUGAACAGCAGUGCUGCCUCCCAGCACCCAGAAUAUUUGGUGUCACCUGACCCAGAACAUCUGGAGCCCAUUGAUCCUAAAGAACUCCUCGAGGAAUGCAGGGCUGUCCUGCACACUCGACCUCCCCGGUUCCAGAGGGAUUUUGUGGAUCUGAGGACAGAUUGCCCCAGUAGCCACCCACCUAUUCGGGUCAUGCAAUGGAACAUCCUCGCCCAAGCUCUUGGAGAAGGAAAAGACAACUUUGUACAAUGCCCUGUAGAAGCACUCAAGUGGGAAGAAAGGAAAUGUCUCAUCCUAGAAGAAAUCCUAGCCUACCAGCCCGAUAUAUUGUGCCUCCAAGAGGUGGACCACUAUUUUGACACCUUCCAACCACUCCUCAGUAGAUUGGGCUAUCAAGGCACGUUUUUCCCAAAGCCCUGGUCACCUUGUCUAGAUGUAGAACACAACAAUGGACCAGAUGGCUGUGCCUUGUUUUUCCUCCAGAACCGAUUCAAGCUAGUCAACAGUGCCAAUAUUAGGCUGACAGCCAUGACAUUGAAAACCAAUCAGGUGGCCAUUGCACAAACUCUAGAAUGCAAGGAGUCCAGUCGACAGUUCUGUAUUGCUGUCACCCACUUAAAAGCACGUACUGGUUGGGAACGAUUUCGCUCAGCUCAAGGCUGUGACCUCCUCCAGAACCUGCAGAACAUCACUCAAGGAGCCAAGAUUCCCCUUAUUGUUUGUGGGGACUUCAAUGCAGAGCCAACAGAGGAGGUCUACAAACACUUCGCUUCCUCCAGCCUCAACCUGAACAGUGCGUACAAGCUGCUGAGCCCUGAUGGGCAGUCAGAACCCCCGUAUACGACCUGGAAGAUCCGGACGUCAGGGGAAUGCCGGCACACGCUGGAUUAUAUCUGGUACUCUAAACGUGCUCUGAGUGUGAGGGCAGCUCUUGAUUUGCUCACUGAAGAACAGAUUGGACCCAACCGGCUACCAUCUUUUAAUUAUCCUUCAGACCACCUAUCUCUAGUGUGUGACUUCACCUUUAAUGAGGAACCUGAUGGACUUUUAUAAAUGCUUGUCUUUUUAAUCACAAGAGUCUUAACCAGGGAUGUUUCAGGAAACUAAAAUAGGAUAAGAAGUUGCCCGAGGAAGGAUUCCCAGUUUCUUUUGUCAUUUUCCAUGUUUCCAGCAUGCCCUUGGGAAGGAAUCCCAUUAGUCCACAAACCUUUUCCAUUAAACCUGCAGCAAAGAAGGUGUUUGCACUCCAGUUUUGGCUUGUAUUAUUUUCUUUCCCUUAGCAUUACAUUUGGAUCAUUUAAGGGCAUUAAAAAUGAGGCUUGUUUUGUAGCUUUUUCAGUUUAAGGAUGCUUUAUAAAAAUAGACUUGCUUGAGUCCUCCAUAAUUAGUAAGUAUAUAGGAGCAAUUUCUCUAGAUAGCAUUUCAAGUUAUUUAUUUGUAGUUUUUAAAAUGUCAGCAAGAUAUGCAUGGCAAUAUUUAUUUUUUUAUAUUUUCAUAUAAGAUUAAAUAAAUAUAGCAUUGUGAAUGUUUUAAAACCAUGCAAAACAUAAGUUAUAGAGUAAUUUAUAGUGAUUUUCUUAAAUCUCUAAGAUCUUUUUAUUUGGGGUCUAACAAUAGUAGUGUAUAAAGGGACUAUGUAGCCUGACAGGGUUUUUUGUUUAUUUAAGUGGAAAUAUCAGGUCUCCUUGAUACUUUCUUCAUAAGUAAUCCUUGCUAUGCCUCCAUGUUCCCAUUAUUGUGUUUCUUAGAUUCCAUAGUCUUCAUUAUUGAAUCACUGUUAGGCAUUUAUAGCUUUCCAUUGGAAUGCUAUGAUACACAUUUGAGGUCACUCAGUGUCUGUUUGUAUUGGACUGUGCUUUUCACACUAGGUUAUUUAGGAACUCCUAUGUGGCAGUAGCUAAGAAAGUAAGUGGGGCCUUCUUUUCAGAGAUAGGAAACUAGAAAGCCUAUUAAUGAGGCUAUUCUUAAAAUCUCCUAAGAGAGCCAAGUGGCUAGUUCAAAAUGUCUAGAAAGAAGAAUGUUAAAAAGUUAGAAAGAUAACUUGGAAUUCUCUUCCAUAAGAAAUAAAAGCGGUACAAGAUAACAGGUGAAGCCCCUUUCAAGCAAAAUCCCAACAAAUAACCUAUUGGUAAUAAAUUGAUAAAUACUUUAACCCAUGAGUUGUAAAUACUUAAGAAUAAUAAAUGGUCUUUUAAAGCUAGUGAUUUUAAUAUCUUGUCUUUUUAGUCCAAAAAGAAUCUGGGAGUAGAUUUGAUCUUUUAAUACUGUUAACACGGUGACCCACUGUAUCCAUUUACACACAGACCUUCAUUUUGCACAUUGAAGGCACCUAUGCCGUGCUUAUGUAAUGUCUCUAGGGGUCACGGGUGGAGUCCCACAAAAUGGCUCACCCACAUAUUCUGCAGUGGAACUACUUUUGAGAUAAAUGAGGUUUUCAGUACAUUGUAUACAAAAAAUCUUGGGGCUUCCUGGAAGGAAUGGCUAGCUGGAAGAACAUCUGUACCAACUGUCAUUUGGUUCAAAUCUUAGCAUGAUAAUGGUACCAUCAUCGCUGUUGAGAAACCAAACACUGAUUGAAACAGGCAUUAAAUAUUGUUUGCGUACCCCAAGGUACACCAACCGGAAGAGAAACUAUCACAACGGCCCUAAGAGAGCAAAUCUAGAUGAGAAUGAAAGCGAAAAUAAUGUUUGCAUUUCAAAUGUUGUCCACCAAUAUAUGAAUUAACAGGCUAUGGGUUGAGGGUGGCUGGGAAUGCUAAUGAGCAAAAAAGCUGGAAAUAACCAUGUGAUUGUAAUGUGCCUAUACAUUAAGGAAAUAGGGCAAAAAUAAUGGAACUCUCCUUCAGUUAUCCUUUGGAGUUAGGGCAGUAUGCUUCUGUUUGAUGGUUUUGUAUUUGUCUUUAUUUAAAAUGGAGUUAUGUGAGCAUUUUAUGUAAACGAUUUUUAGUAGUAUAUUAAAUCUUGUUGGAUUGUACUUCA